CCAGUCAGCACAGACAUCGCUUUUCAUCUUUCAACCAUUUUGCUUUUUUUCCUCUUUGCUAUACCAGCAACCUUUCUUCGUCAUGGCGCAGUACAACGCCCCAUCAUCCGUAGCCGACGAGAACAGAAUGUGUGGGCAGUACACACCAGAGGAGUUCAACAGGAUACAGAUAUCCCUAAGCAAGAAGCUGGGACCUGAACAUAUCAGCACCCGCCGCGGUGCAGGCAACGUUCGUCUGUCAUAUAUUGAGGGUUGGCGCGUCAUCAGCAUCGCCAACGAGGUCUUUGGGUUCAACGGCUGGAACUCAAAGAUGCUGAACAUGACCGUGGACUUCAUGGAUAUAAACCCAGAGAAUGGCCACUUCAGCGUUGGUGUAAGCUGCACCAUGCGAAUCUCUCUGAAGGAUGGCACAUACAAGGAAGACAUCGGCUAUGGCAUGAUUGAGAAUGUCAAGUCCAAGGCCAUGGCGUUUGAAAAGGUCAAAAAGGAGGCUGUCACAGAUGGGCUCAAGCGCGCCAUGAGGCAGUUUGGCAAUGUGCUGGGAAAUUGUGUGUACGAUAAAGACUACUUGAGGAACGUGACGCAAAUUGCAAAGCAGGCGAGAGGGAAGCCCUUGGGCGAUGCCCUGUUUCGGUACAGCGACCUGGAAGGCGGUUUGGCAAAGGAUGCUUUGGGUGUGAACCCGAGGGGCACACCGUCGUCGCAUAGCAAUGAGUCUACACCAGCUUCAUCUGGCACUGGCCUGGCGUACCCAACGCCCCAAGCAACAGCGCAGCAGGUAUGCGAUACUGAGCGGCGCUCAAAAGCCCAACCUUUGAUAUUUGCCACUGUAGCAGCAGCGAACAAUGAUAUCGACGACAUCGACUUUGAUAUGGAUGAUAUCCUGUCUGGAAUGGACGACUUUGUGGGAGAGCUAGAGUCCAACCGCCCGAUCAUUCCUGAGAGCCCGUCUUUUGCCGUCGCCGACAAGUCGCCUGUCCCGUCUCAGCCGCAGCGCCAGAUCCGUGCGCCAGCCCAGUAUCGUCCCCAGCAGAUGCAUACGCCAGCGCGUCGGGCAUCAAGUGGCAGUCAUGGAAACACCCCUCAGUCAUCCCCAGCCACUACUAACAUGACGAACAGUGGAGACGGUGCGCGCAAUAACGGCACUGGCGCUUCAUUUUCACGCAUUGCUGCGCCAAACGCCAAUCAGUCAAGCGCAGCACGCAACUUGAACUUUCCGCCAGCACAUCCUGGGGCAGGGCCUCAAGCAGCAGCUGGCAUUCCGCAGCAGCGUUCAUCGUCAUACACUAGUAGCACAACCAGCCAGCAGAAGUCGUUCUUGGAUAUCAACGGAUUUUCACCAGCGAGGCAAGUGCGGAGUGACAAUGGACAAGGAGCCCAGCAGAUGCAAGCCAGCCCAGAUUCAGGAGCCCAGGGACCGACCAAGAGGCGCCAUAUCGAUGAAUGAAUACGUGCAAUGUUUUUGCUGUCAACUUGUGUAAUCAUUAUUGCGAACAGCCCGCUUUUCAUUUUUGUUUCAGAAUAAUAUGCGUGUAAUGCC